UGUCCUGGCGCGCUUCACUUUUCCGCGGCGCGCGCUGCAUGCCCAAAAGCGCACGAGCCGAACUGAAAACAAACUCAAUCCCAGUGAGAGAAAGUAACAAACUUCCAGCGUUUCACUUUAUGACUUUAUGAUUAUUGAUUUGGAACUUUUUGGGGGAUUUUAUUUUUUUUGUAUGUUGGAUUACGAACGCCGAGGUUUCUGUCUCUGGCGCGCGCACGGAGGAGGACGAUGAGCGAUCGCGCGCGGCGGGUAGAGGAGACGCAGUGGCUCCGAGGUACAGGGGUGCUAUGUUGAGGGUGGCAGCGUGAUGAAUUGACUCACAGGCUGAGGGAUGUACCUGCGGCUGCUCCUGCUCCUGUUAACAUUCUCCUCACACACACAGGUCUGUCUGGCUCUGAAGGUGUUGCGGGAGCAAUGGGCCGUCUACAGGAAUGAGUGCAUUCAGAGUUUCAGUGGCAGCCCGUCUGCUACAGGUUUGGUGUGUAACAGGACUUUUGAUCACUACACGUGUUGGCCUGAUGGCUCGCCUGGCUCCAUCGUUAACGUGUCCUGCCCGUGGUAUCUGCCGUGGUAUCACAAAGUUAAGCAGGGUAGAGUGUAUCGAGUGUGUGGUGCCGACGGUCGAUGGGCCGACAGUAAAAACACCACAGAGUGUGAUGAGAAUGAUGAUCGACUGGAAGAGUAUUGGCAGAUUAUAAGUAAAUUCAGGAUCAUGUAUACAGUGGGUUACUCGCUCUCUCUGGCAGCUUUGGUCCUUGCGCUGGGAAUCCUUGCAGCCUUCAGGAAGUUACACUGCAUGAGGAACAACAUCCACAUGAAUCUGUUCGGCUCGUUCAUCCUGCGCGCCGUGUCCAUCUUGGUGAAAGACGCACUGCUGGAUCUGAUCAACACCGCGCAAACAGAACGAUACCACUACCAGGACCAGAGCUUGUUCAACGUCAAGAUAACUGCGGGAUGUCGGGUUGCCAUGGUGAUGAUGCAGUACAGCGUGAUAGCGAAUAAUUACUGGCUGCUGGUGGAGGGUUUGUACCUGCACAGUCUCCUGGCCAUAACCGUCUUCUCAGAGAGAAACUACUUGUACGUGUACCUGACCAUCGGCUGGGGUGCGCCGGUGAUAUUCGUGUUGCCGUGGGUGACACUGAAGUAUCUGUAUGAAAAUGAUCUAUGCUGGGAGAAGAACGUAAACAUGGGCUACUGGUGGAUCAUCCGCUCGCCUAUCCUGUUUGCCUAUCUGAUUAAUUUCUUUAUAUUUAUUAGAAUUAUAAAGAUCCUGAUGUCCAAACUUAAGGCUCAUCAGAUGAGGUACACAGACUAUAAGUUCAGAUUGGCUAAAUCCACACUUACACUCAUUCCACUGUUGGGGAUUCACGCCAUCCUCUUCACCUUCGUCAUUGACGAGUCUGUGGAUAGAGAAUCUCUGUUGCGGCUCAUUCGCCUCUUCUAUGACCUGUUCUUCAGCUCCUUCCAGGUCGGAGAUCAGAGGGGUUUGCUGGUGGCCAUUUUGUACUGCUUUGUCAACAAAGAGGUACAGAAUGAGAUGUUGAAGCGAUGGAAGCGUUGGAAGCUCGGGAAAGACAUCGAGGAGGAAUAUCGUAACACACACAGCCAGACGGCUCACGGCAAGAGUGCUAGUGUCAACGUGGCUUUACCGCCGGAACGUUCCGACACCCCCGAGUCCGCAGCGUCGGUCCCGCCCUCAGAGGAGAGCCGCCGGCUUGUGAUUAGCUGCCGGAACGGUGCAGCACUGGCGCAAGGGAUCGGCAGAGCGGGGCUGCAAGAGGGAACCAGUAACUGCAGCUCUCUGACCGAGGACAUGUGCUUAGAGGAGCGAAUUCACAACACGGACCAUCCAGCAGGGACACAGGAAUGCGACGUCUGAGGAAACUUUGGCCUCUUGAGGUUUUUGAUGAUAAUGUGUUCCAAAAAAAAAAGGGAUAAAAAUUGCUUCUUAUAAUAGAAAAAUGAAAUAUGUGGUAGAUAAACACUACUACACACACUAAAAGACACAUAUACAGCACUGUGCAAAAGUCUGUUUAUUUUCUGACUUCUACAUUAUUGAUUCAGUACAAAAACAUUUUAGAUUCCAAACAUUAGUUUUCCAGCACAAAAUGAAAUGUUACAGAAAAAUGUUUGUAUAUCAGUAAAGAAAGCAGCAGGUUACAUAAGAGACACUUUUCAGAUAAAAACAUAAUGAAGGCUGCUGGGUUUCGCUGCAGAAAUAAGAAGCCAGAAGAACUGUGGCUGCUUCUGCAAGAUGCUCAGUAACACUUCCAGCUCAUUUCUUAUAAACCUGCACACACUGCGCCUGAGACUGCUCAUUUUUUUAAAAGCGAAGGGUCGUCAAACCAAAUAUUGACUUUCGUGGGUUUAUUGACUUUAUUUGUUGCAUUGAUUACUGUUUAGUGCGCUUUCUAGUAUUUAUUUUAAUGUAGAAACAUCUAAUUUCAUUACUUUUGAAGCAUUUCUUUGCUCUACAGCAUUUCUUUGCAUGUGCCUAAGACUUUUGCACAGUACUGUAUGCUUUUAAAAAAAAAAACAAAUGCUGUACACUGUGAACAUCAUCAAUUUUUAAAAAGGUGGGGGGGGGGGGGGGGGGGUCUUGGUGGACAUAUAAUGUGUGUGUUUUGACCCUCGCUAGCCACCAUACUGCAGUAACGAAUGACAGUGCGAAAGCUUGGCUGUAUCCCAAAUGCAUGUACACUUGUGCUUUUAUGUAAAUAGAAAAGAGAACACCGCUACCUUAAGCUAUUGCAGGCAAUUCAGUAGCUAGUGAUUAGCUUGCUAGUUUGUUCAUUAGAUCAUAUGUCCCUGAUCAAGCACGCAAAACCCCAAAAUUUAGACUUUAUUUCAUGACACACUCAGGAGAGUCAUCUGUUUGUGAACUAACUUGAAGCCUGAAGGUAUUUCUCAACGUUAAAUCCGAUAAAUGCUCACAGUGCAUUAUGGAAAAUCCCAUGACCACUCUGUAGGACGACUCAGGACGAAAUUACAACUGAAAGCAGAUUCUAGGCUUUCGAGCAAACGAACAGAUGUUCAAACUGGCAUUCGACCCCCUGUUUCGCUUGCUGAUGAAACAGGUUUUGUCUUUGCCCCAAGCAGCAGGCAGAGCUGAAAAUCUCAUAACAGUGCUCGAUUUGAAAAGCGACCUCACAAACAUCUGUGUAUUUAUGACAUUAUGAGGACCCAAGUGAACCUUCCACAUGGAGGAAAAUGGCAGCCAAAGCUGAAAUGAGUGUGAUUUGUGUGAUGCACUUCAUUAGUUUCGUCUAUGCUGCAACGCAUUUCCUUUAUGGGGUCCCGUGUUAUUGUUCCCAAAAUGUUUCUGGUGUCCUUGUGGUAGAUGUAUGAAAACACAACCCACCCACACACACACACACACACACACACACACACACACACGCACGCACACACACAUGCACAUUCAGUGCGUCAUUACAGUUCAGAAAUUAUACACAAAGGGGGAAAAUGGUCCCUUUCAGAAUCAGAGUUUAAUGUCCUUUGGGUUUUGUUGGCCAAACAAAGGCAUCCAUGUGGACUAAACAGUAAAAGUGAGUUCACACACACACACACACACACACACACAAACACACACAUGUAUGUAUAUAGUGUACAGAGUUUUAUCGUAACCACAAAGAGCUUUGGGCAAAAAAAAAAAAAAAAAAAAGCUGCUGCUUUUCUGUAGAAAAUUUUACAUACAUCAUGAUCAUAAAUCACCUAAUUAGUUUCGCCAUGUUACAUUCUGAUGCUUUUUCGUCCCAACAGUUUUUCUGGUCCCCGUGAGGUAGGUUUCUGAAAGGUCCACAUAAGUGAUGAAUACCGGACAUGGGGUCCAUGCUGAGAAUCACAAGCAGAGCUGCUAAAUGCUGGUAGAUGGAACCAGUUGAUGAAUUAUUACUACUACUAAACAUAGCAACAUAAAAGAACACGUUGUUCGGGGGAAAAUAAUGAUAAGAAAAUCUGAAUUUAUUACGCAAAUUUACAUUUACCAGACGCUCUUAUCCAUAGCGACUUACAAUUAUCUCAUUUAUACAUCUGAGCAGUUGAGGGUUAAGGGCCUUGCUCAGGGGCCCAGCAGUGGCAGCUUGGCGGUGCUGGGAUUUGAACUCUCAGCCUUCCAAUCAGGAGUCUAACGUCUUAACCACUGAGCUACCACUUCCACUUCUGAUUAAAGUAAUAUAGUAAUAGUAGUAAUGAAUUAUUAAAUAAAGUAGUAAAGAAGCUGGGAAAUAUAGGUCCUAAAGAGGCCCUAAACUGAGUAUAUCAAAUAUAUAAAAGUGCAUGUAAUUGCAGAAGAUGUACAUAAGUACCGACUCUGAAAACUUUCCCCAUGUAAACAUUGACAUAACUUUAUAUUUUGGCAGCUUGUCAGGUUUUUUUUUUUUUUUUUUUUAAAAUUGGAUGGUAUUAGAUCUGAAGGUUGGGGUGACAGUAGGGGUGACAGGGAUUAUUUUAAAGGUGGCAGCUACUCCUUUGUGCCAUUCACGUGGCCCACAGCAUCCCUGAGAGAAAAACAUUCCUGAUCUUCUGACAUCAUAGGUCAGAGGUCCUCAUAAUGCUGUGAACAGGAUGAAGUCUACAUCAGGAAAUGAUUGCCAACAAACAAACACACACACACACACACACACACACACACACACAUACUCUCUCUCUCUCUCUCUCUCUCUCUCUUUUCUCCAGUGUGCCAUUCCAGGUUAUAAAUUACACAGGAUGGGAAAGACAUUCCUGAGAGAAUCCAAUCUCAACGUCCUGUGUGUAUUUUUUUUAAAAAUACUUCAAUCUCCGAUGGAUAUGUGGGACUAAAAUUCCUCAGUGCUGCAGGGAAAAGGAACAAAAAAUGCUCGGGACGAUCACACACGUGAUACAUACUUUUGGUGGACUUUUACCUUGUACAUGGUUUAAAGUUGAUGCUCGCUGUGCCGCUAUUUAAAAUGUAGGUGAUUUGCCAAAAGUAUUUAUUAACGCUGAUGAUGUUGUGUGUGUUGCCAGUGUGUCUGCUUUCUUAUAUGUGUCUCAUAGACUUUUAUUGACAAGGACAUGUCAUAUAAGCUGUGACAAACUUUUUUUUGUCUGUAACUGAAACGAAAAAGAAGAGAAAAUAUGAUAAUAUGAUAAAGAUGUGACUCAGUCAA